AUGCUCAAGCUGUUUGCCGACAACAACAUCAAGGCUUCCUGGUACAUGCCCAGUCACACCAUCCUGUCAUUCCCUGAUCAGAUGGCGAAAGUCAGAGAUGCUGGACAUGAAAUUGGCUUGCAUGGCUACACGCACGAGUUCGUGCGGUUUCUGACCGAAGAGCAAGAGAGAAAGGUCAUGGCCAAGUCCAUCGAGGUCUACCAGAAGUUCACCGGCAAGUAUCCCAAGGGAUGGGUGGCCCCGGCUUGGGAGGUCAGUCCCAAGACCAUGUCCAUCUUGGAGGACUUUGGCAUCGAGUAUGACCAUUCCAUGUUGCAUCAUGACUGCCAGCCUGUCACGACCCGUUAG